AUUUAUCCGGAUAAUAACAUCCGCAACAUUUUCGAACGACGUGCAUGAUGGAGUGGCUGGUGCGUCAUGGCGUCGAGAAGGGCUUACUGCGAGUUUCACUUCCUCCGGUUCGCAAAGCAGUCUCCCUACGUUCCCGAGGCCUUCAAGGCACUCACGGCCGACGACCAGCGGUUUGCGUUCUAUCAAGUGGUUGUGCUAGCAGCGAUUGGCGUGUGGAGCACGACGGUGUUCGUCGUACAUGUGGGUGAUCUGCCCAGUCGAAGUGUGCUUGGCAUAGUCUACUCGUGCUUCACGUGCGGGCUCUUUGGCCUGGCCCACUAUUUCAAGCAAAACGGCCUCGUCGAGGGCAGCACCGCCGCGUCGUCGCGCUCCACGUAACCCCCCAUCUCCACAUUCCGGUCCCCUUAACCAUCCCUCCCACGAAUCAAUAAAUUAUACCCUUCGUUUUAUUCUUCAAGGGUCGGCAUUUCGGCAUGUCUACUAUCUACCACCUCGCCUCGACAGCAUUCCAUCACACGCUUGCUCGUCUCGCCGUUAGCCCUCUAGUUGAUCUCGCAAUUGCUUGAAAAAUGACAAGUCGCCUUCUACUUCCGCCUACCACACACACACACAUACCAGCACCCCAUCAUAUCAUCUCCAUCUAUCUUUCGAUCUCAUCGUACCAAGGAAGAACGACCAGCAGCACGGCCAUGCGACGGAUGCAACGGCGGCGCUUGCUUGAGUUCAUGCAAGAAGGCACUGACAGUCAUGACGUCGUGGCCACUACCUGUCGUCGACGACAGGGACGACGAUGACGUGGCAAAUGGUAGGCACAGCUGGUCGUCCACAAGUCCGGACGAGCUGUCCAUGUCGGUGCCACCACUUGCACGACCUUGGGAGCUCAACCCAAACACAGUCUCCCCCGAGCUCCCGCCGCCUACAAGACCCCACGCCAGUAGGCCUCCAUCCAAUGAAAGUCUCCUUCUUCGUUGAUGGAGCCCGUCCCCCGUGUCUACAUGAUGACCACACACACAAACGUCAUUAUCCCCAACCAAGUCCACAUGUCCAACCUUUC